AUUUAAUAGAAUGCAAUAAACCAACUGACAGAAGUCACUUAAAUAACUGAUUCUUUCUUAUAUAUGUAGAUGUAUAACAGUUAUUUCGUUUCACUCAUGAAGUUGUUAACUAAACAGAAACUUUCCAAAGUCUCAGAUUUCUCACGUUGUAAUUGGAUUGCAGGCAUGGAUAGCAAGAAAGAAAUAGAAAGUGUAAUCAGACAAAACGUCAACAACAAUGAGAAUUGGCAGAAAAACUGGAGAUGACGAAGAGCAAAAACGGUAACUGCUGCAACACCAACAACAAGCACGAUGACAGGCAUAACAGCCAGAACAAGAAUAACAGUUGCAGUAAUCGUAGAAACAAUACUAUUAAAAAUUGUAAGCAGUUCGAGACGGUGCCAAGUGGCAGUGUUCCAUCACCAUCGGAAACAAAAUCUUCGAAGCAACCAGAAGGGAAAAGGAAGAAAUCAAACGGCAGGAAAGAAAGGCUUGACAAAAUCAACCUCGUCUGCCACCAACAUUACCAUGCAGUCAGUGACAUCGACUUUUCUAUGCAAGAAUUGGUCUAUUUAGUCAUCAACGCCAUCACCAUAAAGGAUGUGUUCGGCAAAGAAACUAAAUUCUCGAAUACGAGAUAAAGCCAAUGUGAACAAUUUUUGGCAUUAUAUCAAUGUAAAGAUAUUGUUACUAUUUUCACAAUUUAAAGAACAACGAACUAAA